AUGGAGUAUGCAACACCCCUAUCAAUGUCUAUUUUCCGGGAGUUUGCGCAUCACCUCCAUCGCUGUGCUCGAGAGUACAAGGAGAGCAUCAACAGACGCAUCAAACUGGACGUCAUGACAGAUGUCUUCAUCUCUUGCGACGCUAAAGCCCUAAAGGAUGACAUAAAGUGCCCUUGCCUCCGGCCGGUAAGUCAAUUUGAAUCCAAAUCUAACUUGGUGCAAAUUACUUACAGUUUCGUUAUCUUAUGA